CUGUUAUUUGGUACAGUUUAUAGUUACCUUAAUUAGCUGGUCGGUUUUCUUUAAUUACUCUUUAAUUGCUCCACAUGUCUGUAGAAACGGUUGUAGGUAACAUGCCAGCAGCCUCCAAACUCUGCAAGAACUCAGAGCCUGAGUUUUUUGUCAUCAUUAUGAUUAUUUGGCUCGCACUCUCACGAACUGAUUGCUUUUCGUCCUAUCUAAAAUCCCAUUUUUGGGCUUUUCAAGAAACCCCUUCUGUCUCCUCUCUGCUUGCUUCCUUCUCACUAUUUGGCCUUGGUGGGUCUUUCGCCAGUUAUUGCUUUCAUCUAACUUCCUCUCUUUUGUUAUCCCUUUAAGUCAUCAGAAGCCUUUACACAAAUCAUUUCAUUAAGAUGAUGUUUACUGUUUGGAUAUUUUAUUAACAUUUUGGUGGGAUUGGAGAAUUGGUUCUGCGGUUGAUUUCAUAUGGGAUGGGAGUGGUGGUGCUGCAAGUUGUGUUCUCGGUGCUGAAGGUCACUGUCUUGGCUGCUUUCUUGGCGUUUCAAGGAUCUUCUGGGUAUAGCUUGCCUCCAUCUCCAUCAACAUUUCCUGUAUUUUCUCCAGGUGGUGAUGCAAUAGCUGCUCCACCGACCCCAGCAGGUCGCCCUAAUGGGACAUUUGUGGACCCUCCACUCUUAUUGCCGCCUCUUAAUUCUGCGUCCGCACCCCAAAAGGUGAAAGAUCAUAUACCAUCUCUUCCACCAAGUACUCUAGUUUUGUCGCCAAGUGAUUCAAUGCCGAUCCCAGUAAUUGCUAAUGACACCGUCCCUCCAUUGCCAACAGGUCCUGAAGCCUCAGCACCACGAGCAUCUCCAUCAAGAAUAUCUCCACAAAGUCCACCAACUAGCCUACCACUUGUACCGGAAUCCGUUCCUCCAAAACCUGCUCAAAGUAGGGCUCCUGAAGCUCCUUUUAUGGCAACUGCCCCAGCAUCCAACACACAUGCAUCAAAGAGAGCACCACAAAAUUCACUGCCCCCUGGGAUAUCAUCAUCCAUUCUUCCUGUGCCAGUUGGACUGUCUCCGGGCAAGUCACCAGGGAACCCAUUAUCUAUUCCACCAGCAUUACCCAAAGAACCUCCUUCCACUUCGUCAGAGCCUGAUACAGCUCCUGCAUCAUCUCCUGUUGCCACACCACCAAAUGGAACAAGCACCCAGCAGUCGCCUGUGAGCACUUCACCAGCAAAAGCUCCAUCUGUUCAUGAUAAUAUGGGGAAUUCCGAUAAUGCUCCUCCUCCUCUUCCAUCCCGCAAUGCUCCUGUAGUUUCAGGGUCCAACUCCCCUGCAUCUCAACCUUCUUCUUCAUUUCAAUGGCAUCAUGGGAAGAAUUAUAAGAGAACUCCUGCUCCAUCAGUAUAUAUGGCUCCUCCUCCUGCUUCGGCUGUAGAAGCUCCAUCUGUUCAUGAUAAUAUGGGGAAUUCCGAUAAUGCUCCUUCUCCUCUUCCAUCCCGCAAUGCCCCUGUAGUUUCAGGGUCCAACUCCCCUGCAUAUCGACCUUCUUCUUCAUUUCAAUGGCAUCAUGGGAAGAAUUAUAAGAGAACUCCUGCUCCAUCAGUAUAUAUGGCUCCUCCUCCUGCUUCGGCUGUAGAAGCUCCUCCAGAUAAUUCAAGCUCAGACCCGAAGACUGACUUUAGGUUCCAUGCUCCUCCACCCCUAAACCCAGGAUCCUCAACACCCUCAUCUCAUUUUCCCUUUCCUACACCAAAAAGCCAUGAUUCUUCCUCGCCAUCACCACAUCCUUCAUCUUCAUCUCAACAAAUGCCAAUUCAUUCCCCGAAAAUGUCUCCCACAAGACCUAUGCCAAGGAUGCCAAAGAUGCCUCUCCAGCCACCUUUGCAAGCAUUACCACCUCCACCACCUAAUGGAGAUUGCACAUCAUUGACGUGCUCAGAGCCAUUGACAAAUGGUGCUCCUGGAUCUCCAUGCGUUUGUGUCCUACCUAUGCAAGUUGGACUCCGCCUAAGUGUUGCGUUGUACAAUUUCUUCCCUUUAGUUUCAGAGUUCGCAGCAGAAGUAGCUGCUGGAGUGUUUUUGAAGCCAAGUCAAGUUCGGAUUAUGGGGGCAAACGCUGCCAGCCAGGAUCCAGAAAAGACCAUUGUCCUCACUGACUUAGUACCCCUGGGAGAAACAUUUGAUAAUACCACAGCUUAUCUGACAUUUCGAAGAUUCUGGCUCCAAGAAGUUAUUAUACAAACUUCACUCUUUGGAGACUACGAAGUGCUUUAUGUACAUUAUCCAGGUCUUCCACCCUCUCCACCUUCUGCAUCUUCUGAUAUUGGUACUAUAGAAACUGACCCUUAUUCUAGUCGCAACAACAAUGGAGCGGCCAUAAAGCCAUUUGGGGUUGAUGUGGGAAGACAGCAUCACAGAGGUGGGCUAAGUCGAAGUGUGAUAGCAAUUAUAGUUUUGUCUACCUCUAUAGUUGUAAUUUUCUGCUGCGCUAUUGCAUGGGUAUUGGUUUUAAAACACAGAGAGCAGCUCUGCCCUCCAGACUCUACUCCACCGGCUACUAUGCCUUCCCUUGCAAAAUCAUCAGGGAUUCCUGCCUCUAUGAUUGGAAGUGGGCCAAGUUCUGCUUCGUUAUCUUAUGGUUCUAGCAUUGCAGCAUAUGCUGGUUCUACAAAAUCUUUUAGUACAUGUGAUAUAGAGAAAGCAACAGAUAACUUCAGUGAAACAAGAAUACUUGGUGAAGGCGGCUUUGGUCGUGUUUAUAGUGGCGUGCUUGAAGAUGGGACACAUGUGGCUGUAAAAGUUCUAAAGCGAGCUGACCAGCAGGGAGGUCGUGAGUUCUUGUCGGAAAUAGAGAUGCUUAGUCGCCUUCAUCACCGAAACUUGGUCAAGUUGAUUGGUAUAUGUACAGAGGAGCGAACUCGUUGCUUAAUCUAUGAACUCAUACCAAAUGGCAGUGUGGAAUCUCAUCUGCACGGUAAUAUUAUCUUCUGUUUAUACAAGUUCCAACCUUGUUUCCUGGCUAUAUUUAUAUGCUUUCUUUGCUUGCUCUCAGGAGUUCACCAGGAAUAUGCUCCUCUUGAUUGGGGUGCUCGGCUUAAGAUAGCUCUUGGUGCUGCUCGUGGUCUGGCCUAUCUGCAUGAAGAUUCGAGUCCACGAGUCAUACACAGGGACUUCAAGUCCAGCAACAUCUUGUUGGAACAUGACUUUACGCCUAAAGUCUCUGAUUUUGGUUUGGCUCGAACUGCAUUGGAUGAGGAAAAUAAACACAUUUCGACACGUGUAAUGGGAACCUUUGGGUAUGUCGCUCCAGAGUAUGCAAUGACCGGUCAUCUGCUUGUGAAGAGCGAUGUUUACAGUUAUGGGGUUGUACUUCUUGAGCUGUUGACAGGUAGAAAACCAGUAGACAUGUCUCAACCACCUGGUCAAGAGAAUUUGGUUUCUUGGGCCCGCCCAGUGCUUACGAGUGAAGAAGGUUUAGAAUCCAUCAUAGACCCAACUUUGGGCCCUGAUCUUCCAUUUGAUGGUAUCUCAAAGGUAGCUGCGAUUGCUUCAAUGUGCGUUCAACCAGAGGUAUCAAACAGACCAUUCAUGGGUGAAGUUGUUCAGGCACUCAAAUUAAUAUGCAAUGAGUGUGAUGAAACGAAAGAAAUGGGGUCCAGAAGUUGUAGUCAGGAGGAUCUGUCUCUAGACAUGGAUACUGGGAUUUCUAACACUUUAGACCCCUUGGGAGUUCCUUUACAUGGUCAAUCCCCAGUCUCUCAUUAUGGUCAAUCCCCAGUCUCUCAUUAUGAUAGUGAGGUAGAUGUUGAAAGGGGAAUAUCUGUAUCAGAUUUAUUGAGCUCAUCGGCAAGAUAUGCGAUGCAAGAUUCUGGGCCACUAGGGAGGCGCUCAGGUUCAGGGCCUUUAACAUUAGGAAAAGCAAGGCAGCUAUGGCAAAAGAUGAGGCGAUUAUCUGGGGGUACGGUGAGCGAGCAUGGUUUGAUGUUCAAGUCAUGGCGUGGAUCUCGGUGACAAUUAUUUUCUGUUGCGAUGGACAAAAUUCAUCUGCAACAAUUAUUUGAGAAGUUGUGUACAGGAUAUCAGAUAAUUAGACGCAGUACAAGAUGAUCAGUCAGUAAGGAUCCGUUUAGUGAAUUGCUUGGAUAACUUCAUCAGUUGCCCAAAAUAAAGGAGACGAGGGAAGAAUACAUUUUUUUUGUUUCUUCGACAAUGGAUGGUUGUGUCGGAACUCCUGCGCACCAUCAAAUGUAAAUGUAAUUGAAAUGAGCGGUGACAUGUAUCUGAAUUUCGACAAAAUACUUGAAACGGCGAAAUAGAUUUUCUUGUGGAGUGAGCAUUGCAGUAUGAUGAUGCCUAUUGUUUUACGGUGCACUAUUUUGCAGAGAAACGCCCCCGAAUUUCUGCCAUUUUUGGAUCAUCAGAAGACUGUUCUGCGAUGAAAGGUUAAUCUGCACGUUAAUUGUACAGAAUAGUUUGUAUCCCAUGUUGGGAAAUGCAUAUGCUGGUGGUUUACUUUUUGGAUGAAG